UCCCUUCUUCCUACGCCUCUUGCAUUGCAGCCGACAGCACGAAAAAAAAAACAUUGCAAAAUCGGACCCGAAAAUAUUGCAGAAGGAAACAGCGGAGAUAGAGACAAUAUUAUAGUCCAAAACCCUAUUAAGGAGAAGAAGAAGAAGAAGGAGAUAUUGCAUGCCGUUGCACUCUAAAUAUGUCACAUACGAUAAGGCUUGUACGGCCGCUGAUUGCGCAGUAUCAGAUUUCCAUCGCAGGUAAAAUUCCAUGGAGCAGAGCGCCCGUUCUCGGAUAUGGAAAUGCCAGUAUUAGCCUUGACCAGAGAUUCCUCCAGUGCCGAGGCAUGGCUGGACAUUCCAAGUGGGCAAAUAUCAAACACACCAAAGCUGCCAAGGAUUCUGAGAGACAGAAGAAAUUUAUGAAGUGUUCAAGGCUCAUAAAGCUUGCCGUUAAAGAGGGUGGAAGUGUAGACCCUAAGCUGAACUCAAAGCUAGCCAAAGCAAUUGAAUUUGCGCGGAGUUGCAGCAUGCCCGUGGCAAGCAUUGAAAGUGCGUUAAAAGCAUCUCAGAAAUCCCAAGAUGAUGCUAAACCAGCAAUUAUGGAAUAUAGAGGACCUGGUGGCGUAUUCAUUUUAACGGAAUUGCUUACUUCAAAUUUUUCUCGUACAAGGCAGAUGCUACAAACAGUUCUAAAGAAACACAACGUACAGGAGACAAAAGGGGCUAUACGUAUGUUCGAGGAAAAGGGGAUUAUUAUAGCAGAGGGUAAUGGCUUAUCUUUGGAGGCUGCGAUGGACAAUGCAAUAGAAAUAGGAGCCGAGGAUGUUGAAGAAGAAGAGGAUAGUCUUGUGUUUACAAGUACACCAGAUGACUUUUUAGCUGUCAAACAAGGCCUGGAGAAUCUCAAGUAUAAUAUCAGCUAUGCAAGUGUAGAUUUCAUCCCUAUAUCCCCCAUUACCCUAAAUGAAAAUGACCAAGAAGCUCUGGACAUCAUUAUUCAGAAAAUGGAAGAUGUUGACGAUGUUAUGAGAGUGCACGUUAGUUUAUAGGUUGUUGUGUCUGUAUAAUUUAUAAUGUGAUUUUUUAGGUGACAUGCUUUUUAAUUUGAUUAACCUCUCUGUAGUCUGUACUGUUUGAUAUGUUUGGGGAUAGAUUUACUGUUGUUCAUGCUCCUAUUUUAAUGAAGUAUAAGGGUAUAUAUAAGUGCAUAUUCAGUUCAUAUGAUUAAGUAAUUUGACUCAUAGAUUCUUUUUUCUUUCUUUUUUUUCUUUAUCUAAUCCACAAUAUGCACAUUUGGGAAUAUUCUUUGUUGAAUACAAGCUUUUCCUUUCAUUCUUUCUUGUUUCUUCUUAUUAUUU